AUGGACACAAUGGCGAACUCGUCGCACUCGGGUCAGAAGCGUAUCAGAGAUGACUCACCUGACCUGAUUCUGCUCCCGCUCCGAAAGCGACUCGACCUCCCCCAAAUUCGAUCGACCGCAGAUACUCAAGAGAAUCAAACAGAUGCUCCGAGAAGAAGAAAGAGAUCGGUCUCCCCUGAUGGCGGCGUUGCUAUCGAUGAAGAAACCUUGGCCAAGUUUCGCAUCUAUCGUGACGUUGUGCCUAGCAUCAAGGCAAAGCAGCUGGUUCAUCACGCACAUGUGCACGACACCCGUCGCCAGUCCAGCCUCAACCGCGCACAUAGGAGCAGCGUCGAGUCAGCACUUCUGCCUCAAGUUCACGUCUCGACCUUGCCAGUAUUCCAGCAUACUAGAGGUAGCUAUAUCGCAGAACCCGGCUCUGUGACACGUUUGUAUAAGCCCUUCACAGGAUUGCAACCUGAGCAACCUCUAGGAGAUGUGCUUCUGAACCCCCGACUUGGCAUGGAAGUUGAAGGCGGUAAACUAUACUUGGCCCAGACACUACAUCACUACUGCCGCAAGCAAAUCCAAUGCCCUCUUCACGGUCAAGGUGAAGUAAAGCCAGGCCAUAAUCGGACGGCCAGGAAGGUGCAAGAAACCGGCCAAGUAUACCGCGCGUGGUAUUGUGCGACACAGCCCAAGUGGGAGGGCCAUCGUAUUGAUAACACUGAGUACAUCCAGCUUGCGAUGGAACAACUGGAGCAGCCAUUGUUCGACAAGAUCCUCCUUGAGUUGAUUCGCCAGCUCCGUUUCAAAGAUUGCCAGCCAGUGGGACGCGGCCGCUCACCUCAGCCUGAUGAUUUCGACUACCACGAUCUUCUACAAUACGUCAAACAGAGACCUGUAGACUCGAGAGUCAUGCGAAAAAGGACUAGUAUUGCGCCAAAAGCUCGAUCUGAUUUCCAGUUUGGCGCCACACAUCUGGUUUCCUCGAUUGGAAUAGGUCACGAAGCGGGUGAUCCUCACAAGAAGAAUGAAAACGAACGAAAUUGA